AUGCACAACAACAACCUUGGCAGCGGUGCCUCUCCUCAAAGACCAAAAGAAGCCCGGCACAAGGAUUCAAUUCCUCGAAAAGAAAAAAGGACAGUUCUCGUUGCCAACCAGGAUAUUCGAAAGUAUGUCGACAGGAUGCGAAAACCUGGACCUCGAGACGGCUGGCUUGCUUACCCGGAGAUACCUACAUCGGAGGAGAUCAUGGGAUUGACAACAGAAGUCGAUCAAGAAGACGGCUUUAUUAAUCUUGCAGCAAAUCAGGUCGUUGCUCCAUGGAUAUCAACCGAAGCUUAUUUAAGAACCCAUUAUGAACUAUUAAGAGAGGAUUCAGUGGCCUUGCUCCGUGAUUGCGUGGCUCAUAUCAAGAACAAACCGUCGAUGAAUGAUACAAAUGAGAUAUGCAUUUAUGAACAGGUUUAUAUCAGAGGCAUAACAUUCGCGCUUCGAGGAGCCGGUAUCAAGGUUUCAUUUUCCACCGCACGGGCACAAAAAAACAUCGUCUGGGAUUACUCCAGUCGUUUGAUCGCGGGAUCGAUGGUUGCAUUGUCCCCAGCAAAAGACUGCUUUAAAACACAGUGCGUCAUUGCUGUGGUAGCCGCUCGCCCGGUGGAGCAAGUAAAACAACUACCACAUCAGGUCGACCUUUUCUUCGCAAAUCCCGAUGAUGCCCAGUUUGACACGCAGAAGGAAUGGAUUAUGGUUCAGCCUCGGAGUGGCUAUCUAGAGUCCGUUCGCCAUACUAUGAGAGCUCUACAGCUGAUGAAUGAAGAGAGGUUCCCUUUGUCUGAACAUAUUUGCAAUCUCAGAAGUGAGAUAGACACUCCCGAAUAUGUACAUUCAAGUCCCGAAAUGAAGUUAUUGCACGACAAGACCGUUGAUGUGUUGUCAAGCUGGCCUCAAGAACCUGAAAACAACCUUGAUGAAUCACAAUGGGAAGCUCUCCGACACGUCCUAACCAAGCGUCUUGCUAUUAUUCAGGGUCCUCCAGGCACUGGUAAAACUCAUGUCUCGGUAGCUGCCUUGAAGUUACUUCUCGAAAACAGAAAGCGGGGGGAUCCUCCAAUUAUUGUGGCUGCUUAUACCAACCAUGCCCUCGACCAGUUACUUAACCACAUCGCCCACGUUGUACCCGACUAUAUUCGUCUUGGUGGGAGAAGCUUAGACGAAAAUGUCAAAAAGCGCACGCUGUGGGAGGUACGCAAGUCAAUCAUAACACCACCUCUUGUCAAUGGUGCCAUGCUACCAGCAAAGCGCAAACAGCAGGCCGUUGUGGAGUCACUGAUCAACCUCCUGCGGCCUUUUCUCACGGAAAAUUCAAGCGAACCGUUGCCUGCCUCCUUCUUUCAUGAGCAAAAGGUUCUCACAGACAGACAAUACGAGACCUUGUGUAAUGGAGCCAGGGGUUGGAUUGACUCGGAUCUUGAAGAGCAUCCAGAUCCCAUGACUAACUGGGUAGGGGAUAAGCUUGUUGAGCAUACCGUUGCAUAUGGGUAUGACGACCUAGGCUUUGAAGAUGAUGAGAUGGAUCUAGAAUAUGAGCAGCUUAAGGAAAUGGAACAAGAGAAAGGCCUUGUGGAUGACGAUUCCGAGGCUCUUCAAGGUUACUUUUUGUCUUUAAGAGAGGGUUUUCGGGGACAGAGUACCAUUGAUGAGGAACUUGUCACAGAGCUUGAUAUUGAUGACUUCUGGAACGUUCCUGUUGAAAAUCGUGGAACUGUCUACAAUUCACUUCAAUACCUCGCUAAAAGAAAGGUGCUUUCUGUAUACAGGGAGUACAUGCGUCAGUAUAGUGCCUUCGCAACAGAGUACCUUAUCGGUAAAUGGGAGAAAGAUUACGUUUUUCUCAAGGACGCCAAACUUAUCGGGAUGACGAUUACUGGAUUGAGCAAGUAUCGUGCUCUUGUGUCUGCACUAAAGCCUCGGAUUGUCAUGAUUGAGGAGGCAGCUGAGGCUAUCGAAGCCCCUGUAGCUGCAGCCUGUGUCGAAUCCCUUGAGCAUUUGAUUCUUGUCGGGGAUCACAAGCAGCUGCAAGGAAGCUGCUCGGUCACAGAUCUAGAAGGCGAACCUUUCUUUCUCAACGUGUCCAUGUUCGAGCGCCUCGUACAAAAUAACGUUGAUUUCAGGGUUCUUCGUCAUCAACGCCGCAUGGCACCAGAAAUCCGACGUUUGCUUACACCAAUCUACGAUAAUCUGGAAGAUCAUCCCUCAGUGCAUGAACUCUCAAAAGUGCCGGCCAUGGGUGAUAUCCGCGCCUUUCUAUUUUGUCAUGACUGGCCUGAGAGUUCUGACAGUCUGUUCUCUAAGUACAACAAUGACGAAGCCUACAUGGUUGUAGCUUUCUUCCUCCACCUUGUAUUCAGUGGUGUUGACCCGGGAAAUAUUACUGUCCUGACAUUCUACAACGGCCAGAGAAAGAAGAUUCUCAAGCUACUCAGGGAAAUUCAACAUCUCCAAGGCAAGUACCUCAAAGUGAGCACCGUUGAUUCGUAUCAAGGAGAAGAGAACGACAUUGUGUUGCUGUCUCUAGUCAGAAGCAGCGAGGGUGGCGGUAUUGGAUUCCUUUCUAUUGAGAAUCGGGUAUGUGUGGCACUUUCCCGUGCCCGUCGAGGCUUCUAUAUCUUCGGAAACGCUCAAAAACUUGCCUCUACUGAUCCAUUGUGGUGGGAAGUCGUGAAAAUCCUGGGCGGACAAGCUGAAGAAUCUCGACGUAUCGGAUAUCAUCUUCCACUGAUAUGCGACAAUCAUGGCAACAAAGAGUUUGUCAAGACACCUGAAGAAAUUAGAGCGUUGAAUGGAGGUUGCCAUCUCCCUUGUAAAGAAUCACUCCAAUGCGGCCAUCCCUGUCCACUGAAGUGUCAUGGCUUCGAUCACGCAAAAAUCCACUGCUCAAAAACCUGCGCUAAACCACUCCCUUGUGGUCAUAACUGCCGCGAGUCCUGUUCUGCACAGACAUGCUCAUCUCCAUUAACUCGCAAUGCGCUGGUCCGCGCCUUCCAAGACUUUGCAAAGGGCGGUGCUAAAGAACGCGAUCGCGAAAUGCUAGAGAGACACAACGCCGCCCAGGCCAGAGCGGAUACUCUUGCGCGUCAGGAUACCGACGAGUCAGUAAACCUGUUUGCGGACCGAUCACCUACGCGGGACCUAGAUGUACGAGUGGUCUCUGAUGGACAGGGGGGCUCGCGUACGCGCUGGGUUCAGUCGUAUUCGCCGCCGGUGCCCUCACUUCAGGAAGGGGCUGAAGCUGAGAUGAAUUUGAUUGAAUUUGACUAG